AUGGCUGACCCUGCAAUUAAAGCUUUCACAGAGACACUCUUGAAUAUGGUGGUUUCAUUUACUGCUGAAAAGAUCAGUCUUGUACGAGGCCUGAAAAAAGAUCAGUCUUGGAUUUGUGUUUCAGAUGAUUUCAAUGGCUCUUUGUUCCAAGAUGCUCAAAAGGAUGUUUCAAACAACAUCGCAACUUGUAAAAUGCACGACAUUGUGCAUGAUUUUGCAUUACAAGUGUCGGAAAAAUACUGCUACCAUGUGAAAGAUUGGAGGAGCAUAAACAGUAAGAUUGAAGCCGUGCAUACGCUAAGAGCUGGCAGAUUGAGAGAAGCAUCCAAGGGGUUUUGGAAUUUUUCAACUUUGAGGCAGAUUCACUUGAUUGAAUUCAGCGACUUACCAAGAUUCAGCCAAUUGAGUAAUCUUCGUACAGUGGUGUUGGCAGAAUGUGAGGGAUCUCAAAUACAAGAGUUGGAACACUUUGACAACCUCAAAGGAGAACUAAAAUUGUACUCUCUUGAACUUGUGAAGAGUGAUGAAUCUGCCAUCAAGUCCAACUUGUCCAAAAAGUCAGGUGUUCAAAGUUUGAAGCUUUAUUGGGUGAAGGAGAGAUUGAAUAUUUGGAAUGAAUCUAAAGAGGAUUACAUUGAUGAAAGACUCGAAUUGGCUAUGAUGAAAGCUUUUGAACCUCAUCCGAAUUUAAAAGACUUAACAAUGAAUGGUAUUCCUAUCAGGAAGCAUCCAUCUUGGAUGAAGAGAGAGAAUGAUCAUAUGCCAUCAAUACUUGACAAUCUGGUGAGACUCGAGUUGAGUCAUCUGCAUAAUUGUGAACGCCUUCCAGCUCUAGGAGACUUGCCUCGUCUUGAAUAUCUGAAGAUAGAGAUGUACCACGGUUGAAGCGCAUCAAGGAAGAAUCCUAUGCUUUGUCAUCAAGAAAAAGCAUCAGCAGUAGUUAUGAUGGGGAAGUAAUAGUUUUAAUCUUUCCCGCAUUGAAGACAUUUGAGUUGGGAUAUCUGAACUAUUUGCAGGAGUGGUCAAUUCGAAUAGUUUCAGCAGCAAGAUCAGUCCAAGUCAGGGUAUUUCCCUGCCUUGAGAGGGUGAAAAUGUCGACAAUGCCGUACUUGUAGCAUAUCCCAAAUUUGAUAAUAUCAAGUGAAGAGAAGCAAAAGCAUUUAUCCGAGGUGCGGCUCUCGAUUCAAACAUCCACUACAAUCAACCUCUCUAUUUCCAAUCGCUGCAGAGACUGGAAAUAUGGGAUUGUGGCAAGUUGAGUUUAUCGAUUUGCAGGCUCAUCCCGAGCUCAGCGCCACUUGAAUAUCUAAAAAUGAGCGCCGAACCAGGGGCAUGGCCCAAGGAUCUGUAUCACCUAACCAACCUUAAAGAAUUAGAAUUGGGAAGCACUAGCAUAUAUGCGUCCGAAAAUCGAGAUUACAUUCUGCCUUGACCCUAUCUUCCCAUCUCUCUAAAAAGGCUUGAACUGUCUUUGUUGCCAUUUGUCAGGUCUCUUCCCUAUCAGAUACAGUAUUUGGCUUGUUUGACGGAAUUAGAAAUAAGUUUGGAGGCAUUGGAGUAUCUUCCAGAGUGGUUGGAUCAAUUAAAAUGUCUUGAGAGGCUGACUCUUUCCGUUUGUAGAAACCUCAGUGAGUUACCCCCGGCAGACACUCUUCGACGCCUUACCCAUUUGACCAUUGACCGCUGCGGAUGGGUGUUAUUAGAGAAGUGCAUGAGGAAAGGAGAUAGCUGACGAAGCGUAGAAUUGUACCGCCAGCUUGGUAGUGGAACUCCGAUUAGGGUUUCUAUAAAAGAGGGCCUCGGGGAUCUCCCGAUGGUAGACACUCCAAUGCUUAAGUCAGUAAAAG